CGCAAUAUGAUCAUAAAGGAAAUAGAAGAUGGCGCUGACUGUUGUGCCGCCAUGUUUUUUUUUCAUUUCUCUCAUUUCCGUCUCUGUCUUUGUCUUUUCUCGCUGCAAGUCAAAGAGAAUCAACGCCAUGGGUCGUAUGCACGCACCUGGAAAGGGUAUAUCCCAAUCGGCACUCCCAUACCGACGGAGCGUACCAACUUGGUUGAAGCUUACUCCAGAAGAUUGUAAAGAAUUGAUUUACAAAUUUGCCAAAAAAGGAUUCACACCAUCUCAAAUUGGUGUUAUUCUUCGUGACUCACAUGGUGUCGGUCAAGUACGUUUCCGCACUGGAAAUAAAAUUCUACGAAUUGUUAAAAGUAUGGGACUUGCUCCAGAUCUACCAGAGGAUCUAUAUUACUUAAUCAAAAAGGCCGUUGCUAUUCGUAAACACUUGGAACGUAAUCGUAAAGACAAGGAUAGCAAGUUCAGAUUGAUUUUAGUAGAAUCAAGAAUCCAUAGACUUGCUAGAUAUUACAAGUCUAAAGGCUCACUUCCACCCACGUGGAAGUAUGAAAGCGCAACUGCCAGUGCUCUGGUAGCUUAAAAUAAUAUUAAUAAAUUCCUUAUUUACAUAA